GAUGACAGUCGACCAGUUUUUUCGUGUUUUCUGUAUUAUUCUGAAAAACAUUUAUAUUUUGUGAGCAUUAAAUCCACAUUUUUAAUAUAAUGUAAAACACAAAUGGCGGCAAUGGCAAAACCAUCAAGACUUCAGUCUGAAAUUGAAAAGUGCCGGGUCGAAGGGUUGUGGUCAAAAGCUUUAGAACUUGUCAAACAACUUUCUUCAAAAAGCACUGGAAUAGAUUACUAUGUACCUUUCAUUCUUGGAGAGAGUAGCUUAGAGGCCUAUUGUAAAGAAAACCCAGUCUCAGAACAUGCUACAAGUGGGGGAUCUACCGCUGCUCUUGAUGAAGCUGAAAGACACCUCAAGAUUUGUGUCAAAGAAAAUGGCAAGUUGCAGUUUGAGGCCAAUCUGCUGCUUGCGAAGGUUAAUUUUUACCAGUGCCAGUACCAGUCGGCCCUCACUCUGUAUGAGAAUUCCAACCUUGACUCAGUCUCAGUGAAAUCGUCCUCCCCAAGAAUGCUUCAUAUCGUCGCAGAGGCAUUUGCUCUAAAGGGCUUGUGCUUAGAGAAGUUGCCAGUGGGUUCUACCAGCAAGUUCAAGACCGCUGAGAGGGAGGAGAAAAUCAUUGCUUGCUUCGAGAUGGCCGGGGACCUCAGCCUCUUGUAUCUGCAGGAAAAGGAGAAGGCUGUUUCUUCUUGGGGUGGAGGAUCACAGCAGGACGUUGAUGGCUGCAAUAUGGGUGAUAUUCUGGAGACAGCUGUACAACAGUCACCAAUAUACUACAUCAGACGAGGGGAACUGGACAAAGGAAUAAAAAGAUUUAGAGACCUUCUCACAGCUGUAGAGACCAGAUACACCCAGCAUCUUAGACUGACCCUGGCUCGCCAGUUAGCGGAAGUGUUAUUGCGGGGCGUAUGUGAAAGUUCCUACGUUCAAACGGUCUCCAAGAAACAAGCGCAAAAUGACAGGAACAAUCUUUCCCCAAGGAAAUAUGCCGCUGACAGGGUGUUCGUUCCAACUAAUCAAACAGAAGAAGCCUUGUUGCUGCUGUUGAUUGCUGAAGCUGUUUCGACAAGGGAGGCAAUUCUGAACCGCACUGUGGAACACUUGGAAGGAAGACUACACACGUUCCACAACGCCUCUGCGGUGUUUGACCUUCUUGCCAUCGCCCUCGUAAAGAAGGCACACUUCCAUAAGUUGGUUGAUUCGUUUGAGCGAGCCAUGAAGUUUUCUUUUGAAGAAUAUCAUAUUUGGCAGCAAUUUGCCAAUUCACUUAUUUGUGACAGACAGUAUGAGAGGGGACUGCAAGUAUUACGAGAGUGUCAUAGACUGAGACCGAAGUUUAUAAUCCCUGUAUUACAGGCAGCUAAAAUCUGCUAUGAACAUCUGCAUAAGUAUGAUGAUGGUAUAGAGUUUUCCCAACUUGCCAUGGAGGCGGGAGAAGAUCACCCGAUGUCAUCUCGUGCAUAUGUGGCUCUUGGCAUCGGCUACUGUCUGAAAGCCGGCAAUAUGAAGCUUCAGGGAGAACGCCAAUUACUCCAUAACAAGGCACUUAAGGCUUUCCAGAAAGCCCAUAUUCUGGACCCCAACGACUACCUCUCUCUCUUCCACCUCGCAUUACAGAUGGGCAUUCUCAGACAGAUUGAGGAGGCUGUACGUUACACCAAGCUGGCCCUGAAGUACUAUAGUGAUCAUGUACACUCGUUACAUCUGCUGGUGCUGCUACUCACUGCACAAAAACAAUACCAGGAUGCCAUGGAACUCUGUAAUGCAGCACUUGAAGAAUAUCCUGACAAUAUCAGUCUGCUGUUUACCAAGUGUAGAAUAGAGGAGGUGCUUUAUGGGCCUGAGAGAGCACUCAACACUUGCAAGAAAAUGAUGAAACUAUGGAAACAAUUACAUGAAAUACAGUCAGAUGUGUCGGACACAGUUAGCGUCAAACAAAAGCAUUCACUCUCUACUAUGGACCGUUCACAGUUUGACAGAAGAAGCCAUGCCUUUCUUCAGUUGAACGAGGUGGCUGAGAGGGAAGGUUCAGUGCGUGCAGAGUCCCUAGCAGUAUCGAGGAUAGAGCAAACCCUGUCGGACCUCGCAUCCUCCAGUCUCGGUAAGGAAGGGUCACAGUCUGCGUCUGAAUCUCGCACGCUCAAACUCCAGGGACAGAUCUGGAUGCAUCUCAGUGAUCUCUACUUGUCCAUGGACAAAGUGGCGGAAGCAGAGUCAUGUGUUCAAGAGACGGCCUCCUUGUUUCCCCUCUCACAUCAAAUCUCGUACAUGAGAGGUAGAAUACACGAACACAAGCAUCAGUUUAAAGAGGCAAAGGAGCGGUUUGAGAGUGCAAUAUCCCUGAACCCUUACCACACUAAGAGUUUACAACACUUGGGCAUGGUGCUACAUUAUCUCGAUAAUAACAAGUUGGCAGAAAAGGUGCUUAGAGAUGCUGUCAACACAGACCCCACCUCAGAUAUUUCCUGGCAUUGUCUGGGUGUGGUGUUAGAAGCUCUCGGCCAAUCACAGGCCUCUGUCAACUGUCAGGUGACUGCCCUUGACCUUGAGGGUUCCAGCCCCGUCGUCCCCUUCACUGUCAUUCCAAGACUUAUGCAAUAGAGGCUCAACAAGAUUUUUCUGUGGGAUCAACUUCUGAAAUUAUUGAACAAAAAAACUAUUUUCUAGAAUCAUUGAACAAAAUGUUGUUUUUUUGCAUGUCAAAUUGCAAGGCUAUAUUUCUGAGAUUCACCAAAAUUUAGUAUUGAAUUGUUAGAAGAUUAUAAAAAAUAAUUAAAUAACCAGUAAAACAAACUAAUAAAUUGUUUUUAAAAGAAAUGUAGAUGGAUUUAACAGUCAUGAAAAAUGUUGCAAUUAAUUGCUCAGUGCAUAAUACUAUUCAUGAUUAAUCUGUUGGAGUCAAUUAAACUUCUAACAUUGUUCAUUAUUUUUACAAUACAACAUGAUUACCUAACCAUUUGUUUUCCUAGUCUGUGAUACAGUGGUGUUGUAUAUUUUAAAAUUUCAUAAUUUUGUCAUUGUAAUUUUCUUUGUUAAUUGUGUUAUAUUUCCCAUCGUAAUCAUUUUCACCUCAUUUGUGUUUGGAUAAUAUAUAAUUAUACUUGUACCAAAGUGUAACUAGUUGGUGGUUUAAGUGCAUUUUUAUUAAACUGCUUAGUUCUUAAUUAGCUGGGUUAAGUGUUAGUUGAAAACUGUUUUAUAUACAUGUAUUGUUAGCUUGUUUUUUUCUGAAGAAAAAAAUGUUUAGGUAUUGUGAUAGUGUUGGUAUUGUGUUGUUAUUGUCAUCCAUGGCAUCAUUGUGCUAAAACUUUAAAAAUGGCCAUAACCCAAAAUCAGUUUAAAGAUAUUCAAACUUUGUAAAUACAUGUUACAAGAGACAAUAUUCCAGUAUGACGCAAUACUCAUAACUCUAUCAAUAGCUUUAAUAGUUGACGAGUAAAGCUCCUUUUAAGCUCAGUGAAUCAACAACAGACAAACCCUGCCAUCCACGUGAAGUGCUCUUGAUUUCAUUUUUGUAAUGAUAUACUGGUAUCAUGGGUUCUUUAUGCUGUCAUUCUGGUAUCGUGCGUUCUCUACGCUGUCAUACUGGUAUCGUUGGUUCUCUAUGCUGUCAUACUGGUAUCAUGGGUUCUCUAUGCUGUCAUACUGGUAUCAUAGGUUCUCUAUGCUGUCAUACUGGUAUCAUGGGUUCUUUACGCUGUCAUACUGGUAUCAUGGGUUCCCUAUGAUUACAUACUGGUAUCAUGGGUUCUCUGUGCUGCCAUACUGGUAUCAUUGGUUCUCCAUGUUGACAUACUGGUAUCAUGGGUUCUCUGUGCUGCCAUACUGGUAUCAUGGGUUCUCUGUGCUGCCAUACUGGUAUCAUGGGUUCUCCAUGUUGACAUACUGGUAUCAUGGGUUCUCUGUGCUGCCAUACUGGUAUCAUGGGUUCUCCAUGUUGACAUAUUGGUAUCAUGGGUUCUCUAUGUUGACAUACUGGUAUCAUGGGUUCUCUGUGACGUCACACUGGUAUCAUGGGUUCUCCAUGUUGACAUACUGGUAUCAUGGGUUCUCCAUGUUGACAUAGUGGUAUCAUGGGUUAUCCAUGUUGACAUACUGGUAUCAUGGGUUCUCCAUGUUGACAUACUGGUAUCAUGGGUUCUCAAUGUUGUCAUACUGGUACCAUGGGUUCUCCAUGUUGACAUACUGGUAUCAUGGGUUCUUCAUGUUGACAUACUGGUAUCAUGGGUCCUCCAUAUUGACAAACUGGUAUCAUGGGUUCUCUAUGCUGUCAUACUGGUAUCAUGGGUUCACUAUGUUGACAUACUGGUAUCAUGGGUUCUCCAUGUUGUCAUACUGGUAUCAUGGGUUCUCUAUGCUGUCAUACUGGUAUCAUGGGUUCACUAUGUUGACAUACUGGUAUCAUGGGUUCUCCAUGUUGACAUACUGGUAUCAUGGGUUCACUAUGUUGACUGUUUUAUAUACAUGUAUUGUUAGCUUGUUUUUUUCUGAAGAAAAAAAUGUUUAGGUAUUGUGAUAGUGUUGGUAUUGUGUUGUUAUUAUCAUCCAUGGCAUCAUUGUGCUAAAACUUUAAAAAUGGCCAUAACCCAAAAUCAGUUUAAAGAUAUUCAAACUUUGUAAAUACAUGUUACAAGAGACAAUAUUCCAGUAUGACGCAAUACUCAUAACUCUAUCAAUAGCUUUAAUAGUUGACGAGUAAAGCUCCUUUUAAGCUCAGUGAAUCAACAACAGACAAACCCUGCCAUCCACGUGAAGUGCUCUUGAUUUCAUUUUUGUAAUGAUAUACUGGUAUCAUGGGUUCUUUAUGCUGUCAUUCUGGUAUCGUGCGUUCUCUACGCUGUCAUACUGGUAUCGUUGGUUCUCUAUGCUGUCAUACUGGUAUCAUGGGUUCUCUAUGCUGUCAUACUGGUAUCAUAGGUUCUCUAUGCUGUCAUACUGGUAUCAUGGGUUCUUUACGCUGUCAUACUGGUAUCAUGGGUUCCCUAUGAUUACAUACUGGUAUCAUGGGUUCUCUGUGCUGCCAUACUGGUAUCAUUGGUUCUCCAUGUUGACAUAUUGGUAUCAUGGGUUCUCUAUGUUGACAUACUGGUAUCAUGGGUUCUCUGUGCUGCCAUACUGGUAUCAUGGGUUCUCCAUGUUGACAUACUGGUAUCAUGGGUUCUCUGUGCUGCCAUACUGGUAUCAUGGGUUCUCCAUGUUGACAUAUUGGUAUCAUGGGUUCUCUAUGUUGACAUACUGGUAUCAUGGGUUCUCUGUGACGUCACACUGGUAUCAUGGGUUCUCCAUGUUGACAUACUGGUAUCAUGGGUUCUCCAUGUUGACAUAGUGGUAUCAUGGGUUAUCCAUGUUGACAUACUGGUAUCAUGGGUUCUCCAUGUUGACAUACUGGUAUCAUGGGUUCUCAAUGUUGUCAUACUGGUACCAUGGGUUCUCCAUGUUGACAUACUGGUAUCAUGGGUUCUUCAUGUUGACAUACUGGUAUCAUGGGUCCUCCAUAUUGACAAACUGGUAUCAUGGGUUCUCUAUGCUGUCAUACUGGUAUCAUGGGUUCACUAUGUUGACAUACUGGUAUCAUGGGUUCUCCAUGUUGUCAUACUGGUAUCAUGGGUUCUCUAUGCUGUCAUACUGGUAUCAUGGGUUCACUAUGUUGACAUACUGGUAUCAUGGGUUCUCCAUGUUGACAUACUGGUAUCAUGGGUUCACUAUGUUGACAUACUGGUAUCAUGGGUUCACUAUGUUGACAUACUGGUAUCAUGGGUUCUCUAUGCUGUCAUACUGGUAUCAUGGGUUCACUAUGUUGACAUACUGGUAUCAUGGGUUAUCCAUGUUGACAUACUGGUACCAUGGGUUCUCCAUGUUGACAUACUGGUAUCAUGGGUUCUUCAUGUUGACAUACUGGUAUCAUGGGUCCUCCGUGUUGACAAACUGGUAUCAUGGGUUCUCUGUGCUGUCAUACUGGUAUCAUGGGUUCACUAUGUUGACAUACUGGUAUCAUGGGUUCUCUAUGCUGUCAUACUGGUAUCAUGGGUUCUUCAUGUUGACAUACUGGUAUCAUGGGUUCUCUAUGCUGUCAUACUGGUAUCAUGGGUUCACUAUGUUGACAUACUGGUAUCAUGGGUUCUCUGUGCUGUUUUUAAAUCAUUUCAUUGUGAUAUUAAGUGCAAUUUGUAAAAAUGAAAUCUCCAUAAAUAGUUUGUUGUUAUAUGUUUUAUGUUAUUUGUAAGCGGCAUUAAACUCCUGAGGUAAUUUUUUAUUCAAAUAUAGUCAAAUAGUUUAUCAUACUUAUUUUCUUUGUAAUAGUGUUAAGUAUUCAUUUCUCUGUAUUAGUAUUCAGCUUUUACAUUGAUUAAUAUUUGUUUGCAUUUUGUGUGCAGGUGCAUUAACCAUUUCCAAACCUCACUGUAAGCAUCUCCUACGGGGAGACCUCCCUUGACUUGCAGAUAAGACCUCUGUGACCAUGGACGAAAAAUCUGGAUUUCAGCUAUUAUUUUGUAUUCAUUUUUUUUAUUAAAUUUCCAUUAAAUAACUAAGUUG